UCUGAAAUAGAUGUCAUUAUUUUAAUAGUCCUCAUCUCUGAUGCCCUCGGCUUUCGGGCUAUCCACCAAACUGUGUAGCUGUAUUUCCGAGCAUACCUUCACUCUCAAGACUCCUGGAGGAAAAAACUUCUAAAAAUAAGAUACAAGUAUACUUACAAGCCUGCCGCACCUCGACAGAUGCGGGGUACUGAUUGGCAUUGAAGAACAAGAGCAUCCCUUACCUUGCUAUGGGUGUUAGUCCAGCUUUAGAGAUUUUAAUGCGAGGCAAGCCAAUCGAUGUUUAGACACAAGGAGCUAAAAUAGGUGGCGUGUUUUUAGUUGAUUCUUUGGUAGUUACAGUUUUGCAGCUGAUUGCCUUGGCGAUAGGUCAGAAUAUUAUGGUAACACUGUCGCGAUUAUAUAUAUCUCAGCUAGUUUCAAGGGCGUUGUGGUCAUCUUAUCAUCUUAUCAUCAUGAGGCUCAUUCGAAUAAUGAAUUAUCAUGAUAUCGUUUUGAGGCUUUUUAUAACUCUACUCUCUGAUAACUUCCACUAAAUUGCCAUUUGGAGACACUUUCUCUGGUCCAAGAUGUCACAAGUGACUAAUCCCAGUCCACAAGAUGAAACCCAGGUUCUCGGCCAACUUUUCGCCGGACUUUUAACGGGCCAGAGCUCUUGUCCCAUACACGAGGAAUGUGACAGUGGCUGCUCCGGCCGGAUCGGCGUUCGCAGAUAUCGGCUUAUGCCAAAUGGGGAGCGACGCGAGGAAGUAGAUGAGAGAGCGCAGCUGGCGGCAAUUGCACCGAAGAAUGGAGUGCCUGAGCGGACACAGCCGCUAGUCAUCGGCGACAAUGUGCCUACCUUCAAGCAUUCACCUCUCGCCCGGCCGGGUAGUCAAAUUAGACUUCUGAAGGUCAAACGAGGGUUUCUGAGAGCUGAUCCUGUCGAUUGUGAACUGGUGCACUUCGAUAUAGAUAAUGCCCCGCGAUAUGGAGCCCUAUCGUAUUGCUGGGGACCACCACCUGACGAUAUCAAGUUCUUAUGUAAUGGCAGCGUCUUUUAUGGCCGACCUAGUCUGGAGCGAUCGCUGAAGCGACUUCGUGCUGGCUUCAGACCCGGGCAGAGAGAAGAUUACAUCUGGGCAGACGCUAUUUGUAUCAAUCAGCAAGAUCUCGUGGAAAAGGACGCUCAGAUCCGGCUCAUGGAACGCAUAUAUUCAGGGGCAGCCACUGUUUACGUCGAUCUGGGAGAUGUGGAAGGCCAGACAGUCUCAGUUGGCGGAGCGACCCUUCGAUUUCCUGCCAUGGGAGGAAUGGGCGUCCAGGACGCAUUGACGCAUUCAGACGAUAUAGAGCACCCUCUUCAUUAUCUGACAGCCUUCCAGGCUCUAACCCAGCCGUGGUUUACUAGGACUUGGAUCAUCCAAGAACUCGCUCUCGCAAAGAACGUCAAGUAUAUGUUCAGCGGCAACAUCUUCACUCAGAAGCACCUAGACAGCAUGCUUAGCAAGGAGUCCAUUGUCUCGCAUCCAGAACGUCAGCGCGAACUGAUGAGUAGCAACGCCGUUAUGCGCGGCUACAUGAACUACCAAAAGCUGCAGCGUAUCAAGGGUCAAACUGGGAAGAUGGACUCGCUGGAGUUGAUACAACUUACGCGAGACUUUGGCGUGACAAAUGCAGAGGACAAGAUCUUCGGGCUCUUCGCCCUCCUGAGCGACACUGAUCGCGAAGCUAUUGGACCGUAUACGCGCGCAACAGAACAGGUGUACAGACGCUUCGCAGCGUUGCAAGUCCGUCGCGGCCGAACAAUCCACAUGUUCGACAGUGCAGGGCUCCAGCGACGCCACGGCGAGGUAAGGAAUCUACCGUCCUGGGUUCCGGACUGGACAGCACAGGGCAAGUCGCCCAAGGUGAUCUCGACGCUCCGUCCCACGCCGUAUUCGGCUUCUGGCACAGCGCAGCCACACAUCCAGUUCAUUGGGGAUAUAACCGGAUCAGGCGGUAUCAGUGUACGCUGCCUGGCCGUGGACACCAUCGAAGCCGUGGUGCACGUGCACACUGCACCACUGCUGCCGAGCGGCCAGCCUGACUUUCUCGUCUUUCACGAUAAGUUCCGCGCUGCUUUCGACGAGCUCAUUAGUCAACGCAAGCCUGUGUAUAGAAACAGCGAGGAGGCCUUUGCGCGCGUCUUGCUUAUGGACGACAUGUACACGGGGCGAAACGCAAUAAUGCAUAGUAGCCCCAUCACAGAUCCAGCAGUGACAUACCACAGUGCGCUGGCUGCUUGGCGCGAACGAAGAAGUGAGGGCGGGCUCGGUGGUAAGAAGAUGGACGCUGUCCAGACCUUCCAGAUGCAGGCUAGAACAGCAGCUGUAGGACGAGGAUUCGCCACUACGCGGGCUGGAUACAUUGGGCUUGUGCCGCCUUGUGCGCAAGUCGGCGACCUAAUUAUCGUGAUCCUCGGUGCUACAGUGCCAUACGUGGUGCGUGAAGCACAAGGUGGCUAUGUCCUUGUUGGGGAUGCAUUCGUACACGGACUCAUGUAUGGGGAGGCUCUACAGCAAAAGAUACAGCCAGUGGAGAUUGUCAUUGUCUGAUGAAGGGUGUUGGUAUGAAAAUCGGGUCGUUGGUAUAUGUUGCGACUGUCCAAAGGUAACAUACGUAUCAAU